AUGGCGCGUCGCCUUUCUCCCUGGGGAUUGUCGCUGGUCCUGCUUGCGCUUCUCGCGGCGCUUCUUCCGGAGCUGUGCGCCGCGGACGAUGAUGGCAGCUCUCGCCAGUACGAUGGGAAGACCGGCGCGAAGAAGCUUAUAGCGGAGAUGAAGAAGAAAGGCUACAACACUGCGCUGUCGCUUUUCGAAUCGACAGGAAUAGCCAAGGAGCUUCCAGAAGCAAUGAGCUACUACCGCCUCACCGUUCUCGCGCCCACAGACGAGGCAUUUGCGAAGCUUUCUUCGAGCGUGACCAAGGGGCUGAGCAAGGCGGCGAUGCGGGAUAUCACGAUGCUUCAUAUUGUGAAGGGGAGAAAGACCGCUGCUACUUUAAUUCGCAUGCAGAGGGAGCACGAGUGGCGAACUCCCUCCAAGAACGGAGAAGCAGGUCUCUUCAAAGCCACAGAAGCAAAAGUCAAGCCGGUCAAACUACAUGCAGAGGGCGGCAAGAACGUGACUAUAACGAAGCCGGAUUCGGUGCUGCUGACGAUCUCUGCCGUCCACGGCAUCGACAAGGUGAUCAUUCCGGGCGGCAAGCUGACCGGGGCGAAAAAGAAGCUGUCGCUGAAGGAGUGUUUGGAUCUGAGCAAUGGGGAGGAGGACUUGGAUUAUGACAACUAG